UCAAGUACAUUUAGGAAGUCUAGUCACAUUAGUAUUUGGAAAAAUUCUUUUUCUCGAGUAUUUUAGUAUUAUUAAUUCUCAAUCACACUUAUCAGUAGGUCGUAUAUAUGAAUUCAAUAUAAAUGUCCGAAAAAGAUUAUGCUCCACUGAGCUCAGCAUGUGUUCGAGCAUUACAUGAUAAAUUGUAUGAUAGACGAAAAACAGCUGCAUUAGAAAUAGAAAAGAUGGUUAAAGAAUUUGCUGUUGUUAAUAACACUGGCCAAAUCAAACGACUUUUGAAAGUAUUGGGGCAGGAUUUUUCUUUGUCACAGAAUCCACAUGCCAGAAAAGGAGGCCUGAUUGGUUUAGCUGCAAUUGCCAUAGCUCUAGGAAAGGAAACUGAGUUAUAUGCUGAUGAAUUGAUAAAACCAAUAUUAGGAUGCAUGGUGGAUCAAGAUUCACUAGUUAGAUAUUAUGCAAGUGAAUCACUGUACAAUGUUGUCAAGGUUUCUAGAGGAGCAGUAUUACCACAUUUUUCUGCAAUUUUCAAUUCUUUAAGUAAAAUAGCUACUGAUCCUGACCAGAAUGUGAAAAAUGCUUCUGAGUUACUAGACAGGCUAUUGAAGGACAUUGUAGUUGAAAGUACAUCAUUUGAUUUGGAUGGAUUCAUUCCACUAUUGAGAGAACGGAUAUAUACAAAGAAUGCAUUUUCAAGGCAGUUCAUUAUUUCCUGGAUCUCAGUAUUAAAUACAGAACCAGGCUUGGAUCUAAUAAAUUAUUUGCCAGAAAUUUUAGAUGGGUUGUUCAGAAUUCUAGAUGAUCCCAAUAUUGAAGUCAAAAAAAUGUGUGAAACUUGUCUAGGAGAAUUUCUUAGAAGCAUCAAGAGUGAUCCUACAAGAGUGAAUUUUGGAGCUAUGAUCAACAUUUUAAUUAAUCAUGCCCAGGAGAAAGGUGAUGAUUUAGCACAAUUUACUGCAAUUACUUGGAUAAAAGAAUUUGUGCAACUGUCAGGACUUGCAAUGUUGCCAUACAUGUCUGGGAUAUUUACAGCUGUUCUCCCUUGUUUGGCAUAUGACAUGGAGGCUAGGAGAAUGACAGACAUAAAGGAAACUGCUACUGCCGUUAACUUCACUCUGAUGAAACUAAUUUCACUAGAAGAUGACGAAAUAGAAGGGAAUCUAAGGCAGUCGAUAGUUACUGAAGACCGAAUGCAAAAUGAAUUGGACUUACCUUCAGUAGUGAAUGUGUUGACUCAAUACUUGAUGCACAAUUCAAUACAAACCAAAGUUGCUGUAUUGAAAUGGAUUCAUGAUUUGUACACCAAACUUCCAAACAAAAUGAAUGAUUACAUUAAUGUAUUAUUCCCUGCCCUACAGAAAACAUUAUCUGAUGAGUCUGACGAAGUUGUUCAACAAUGUCUUGUGGUUAUAGCUGAAGUGAUUUCUUUUCCAAAAACAACUAAUGCUGGAGAUAGUAAUGAAACAUAUUACUACAAGUUUAUGGUUAGCUUACUUAUUUCAUUUAGUGUUGAUAGACGUCUGUUGGAUGAACGAGGAUCGUUUAUUAUCAGACAACUUUGCACUCUACUCAAUGCUGAAGAUAUCUAUAGGACUUUAUCCCAAAUUCUGGUCAAGGAAACUAAUUACAAAUUUGCUAGUCUAAUGGUUGAACACCUAAAUAUGAUUUUGUUAACUUCCUCAGAGCUGUACGACAUGAGGAGUAGAUUGAAGGAUCUGAAAACAGAGGACUGUAGAUCACUUUUUUGUUGCUUAUAUGAUACAUGGUGCCACAAUCCAGUGGCCACAGUUGCACUGUGCCUGCUUACUCAAAGCUAUAGUCAUGUUUGUGACUUGAUAAAACUGUUUGGUAACUUGGAAGUUACUGUUGAAUUUCUAACAGAAAUAGAUAAGUUAGUGCAACUUAUAGAAUCUCCAGUAUAUGCUUAUUUGAGGUUGGAACUACUUGAGGUACCUUGUGAUAAAAAUUUGGUCAGGGCCUUAUAUGGCCUAUUGAUGUUGUUACCGCAAACAGAGGCAUUUACGAUACUUAGAACAAGAUUAAGCUGUAUACCAAGUUUACAUUUAUACUCCAGUGAAAAUAGCUUAUCUGUGGAAAAGGUAUCUAAUCAACGCUUGAUAAACUUUGAUCAGCUGCUUAAAAACUUCAUUGAAAUUCAGGAGAAACAUAAGGACUACAAAAAGACUCAACGUACCAAAAAAGUAUCUUCACUGGACAAAGAAAUCAAUAAUUUAGAAAUGUGAAUUGUAUUAAUCGUGAUAUUUUAUACUUGUACAUUCCUUUUAUCGCAUAAAUAAAGUUUUACAGAUAG